CAGCUGGUGGCGGUAAUGCACCAUAAAGUUUGACAUCCGUCAUAAAACUCCAACAAAGAAGAAGAAGCUGCAUCGAGAGAUUUGGUAAACAGCAGCAGGGGCCUCGAGGAAUUACCAUUAAAAACACACACAAGCCUGGUUUCUGUUGUUAGCAGAGACAGCAGUACACAUCUCAGUGAAUCCGAGCAGGGCGUCUCUGUGUGGGGAGUCCCUCUGCUAUUCUCUGGAUCCUUCUUCUUGUUUAUAUCUGGUCACGUCCGCCCCCCUCACACACAUGAGUGCUGUUUUCUCCUCGAGCUGGGCCAAGCGCCAUGCCUGACCGGGACAGCUCCUACCUGUCAGGUGGCGGUGGGAGUGGUGGUGGUCUGGGCGAGGAAGGAGGACCCGGGUCUGGUUUGGCAGGUAGCUCUGCGGAGGGCAGAGGAGGCUCAGGAGGAAGUUUCGGAGGCAACGUCUCUGGCUCGGGGAGCAUGGGGGGAGGAGGGGCGCUCGGAAAUGGCAACGGCUGUGGGAACGGCGGAGGUGGGGGGCAAGGUGCAGGGGUGCCGUUUGACGGCGUCUGCAGGGACUUCAUACGCAAUGUCUGCAAGAGAGGAAAGCGCUGCCGCUUCAGACACCCAGACUUUAAUGAGGUGCCAGACUUGGGAGUGCAAAAGAAUGAAUUCAUCUUCUGCCAUGACCACCAGAACAAGGAGUGUAUGCGCUCCAACUGCCGCUUUGUCCAUGGAUCGAAAGAGGAUGAGGACUAUUACAAGAAAACAGGAGAGCUGCCCCUCAGACUAAGAGGGAAAGUUGCUGCACGGCUGGGCCUGUCUCCCAUGGAUCUCCCACAUAGCCGCGGGGAAGUCCCCAUCUGCAGAGACUUCCUGAAGGGAGAGUGCCAGAGGGGCAAUAAGUGUAAAUUUCGCCAUGUCAAAAAAGACUUUGAAUAUGAGCCUUCCAGGGUUGGAGUGGGUGGUGUUAUAGGGCCAGGUGCCAGUGGAAUGGUGAAUGCUGGGGGAGGGAUAGGUGGUGGAGGAGGAGGUGCCUGUGGAGGAAUGCAAGGACUUGUGGGAGGUGGAGGUGGAAGUAAUAUGAUAGGGAUGGGGAUGGGAAUGGGGAUGGGGAUGGGGAUGGGUUGCCCCAGCCUGGGCGGUUGCAGAGAUCCAGGUAUCACAGGAAUUGGGGGGGUAGGUGGAGGGGGCAUGAGCACCUGUCUGUCUAUAAGUUCUGCAGGGCCACGGCGUUACGACAGGGUCCCAUGCUCAGUGUAUGACCCUGUGCUUGAAAGUGGGCUGUUUGAUCCCAGCUCCCUGGAGGCCUCUAUGGACCACAAUGCUCUACAGUUGAAGAGGCGGCGGCUGGAGGGGCUGCGCUUCGAUGUGAGUGGAGGAGGUGCUCACUACGAGCUGGGAGUUCAAGCCACCUUGCCGCCUCGUCCUCUGGAGUACAGGUUCCUGGAGGAGGAGAACUCACUGCUGAGGAAGAGAGUUGAAGAGUUGAAGAAGCAGGUUUCAAACCUCAUCGCUACAAAUGAGGUUCUUCUGGAUCAGAACGCCCAGUUCCGAACUCAGGCCAAGGUGAUGACGCUGUCUUCCACUCCUGCACCCACCGAGCAGAUUCUCGUGCCCCCCGUGGGUGCAAUAAGUUCCUACAAUCACAGCAUCGCUCAGACUCACACCACCCUGAGCAGCGCCGGACUGCAGCCUCGGCCCGUCAUCCAGCAAGACCUGGUAGCGCCUACCGGCGCCCCUUCAGCGCCCCCGACUAACGCUGCCCCGCCUACAGCCCCUCUGCCUCACCUCAACCCCGAGAUCACCCCCCUCUCAGCUGCCCUCGUACAGACCAUUGCCCAAGGGAUGGCGCCACCUGUUUCUAUGGCACCGGUGUCUGUAUCUGUGGCACCGGUGGCAGUGUCCAUUACGCAGCCGAUGCCGGGCAUCACCAUGAGUCACGCCACCAGCACGAUGGUCGCGUACCCCAUUGUGAGUCAAAGCAUGAGGAUCACCACUCUGCCUCACUAACUGGCUAAAUGUUGGACUGUUGUACCCACACGUCAGAAUGUAGCAUCCUUAACUGUGAUUUUUAACAUAGCUGAUCAACUGAUGACAGAACACUGAAGUAUAAAGAUGCUUGUAUUCCUCCACCAGAGGGCAGGAUAAAGACUUCCUCACUGUGUUCUGUGGCAACAUUACAAAGACAUUUUUACAGACUGACUGACUGACCUGUGAACAGUUUGUGCACCAAAGGAAUCUUUUCACAGGCACCAAAAAUGGCAACAAACUGAAAAUAUGUGAGGUCAUCCAUAUUGUUUGAACACUGCUGUGCCGUCCUUGUGUGGACAUGAAGACUUUGGAAGCAGUUUGUGUUUCUACUUUUGUGGAUUGCUCUGGUGUAAAUUAACUUUGGUACUUUGCACAUAAAAAAAAAAAAGAAUAACAGGCGCUCAACAAUCAAUCUUGUAUUAUCUGUCACUUUGUUUACAGCUUCA